CAGACUUGGAACGGUGCGGCGGGCGUAGCCGGGUGACUCGGCACCACAAGUUUCCCGAGCGAGGGCUGCCCACGUUUGGCUUAGUGGCAGCGCGCGGUGCUCGCCCUUGUAUAUGGCUAACAGCACGCAGGGGUAUCGUGCAGCCCCCAACGGCACCGGAGAGCAGAGCUCGGCGGAGGUGGCGCGGGGUCGCUGUAGUGCGAAGCAGGAGUGAGCUGGUGUGAGCAGAUGCGUCCUUCCUUCCAAGGCUAACCUGUAGUGCCACUGGGAGCCGUCUGGUGCCAUUCGUAGACCCCCGGAGCAGUGCUGCCUGCAGACCCUUCGGACAGAGAGCAGCAGCGGACUUGAAGCCAGGAUUGUUUGUAUGCAUGCACAUUGGAGUAAGAAGUAGAGAGGACUGUCCUACGGCAUUGAAUGUUGCUGCUGAUUACUAUGAAUCACUAAGUUUCCAGCACUCUUUGCAUUGCUUACUAUAGCCUGGGAUUCGAGCUGGAAGGGCGGUUUUUAAGCAGCGUCAUGAUGUACUCUCCCAUAUGUUUGACUCAGGAUGAAUUUCAUCCGUUCAUAGAAGCACUUCUUCCACAUGUCCGUGCAGUUGCCUACACUUGGUUUAACCUUCAGGCUCGAAAGCGCAAAUACUUUAAAAAGCAUGAGAAGCGAAUGUCGAAAGAUGAGGAGAGAGCAGUGAAGGAUGAGCUUCUCAGUGAAAAGCCUGAAAUCAAACAAAAGUGGGCAUCUAGGCUGCUGGCUAAACUGCGCAAAGACAUCCGGCAAGAGUACCGCGAGGACUUUGUGCUCACAGUCACAGGAAAGAAGCACCCUUGCUGUGUGUUGUCCAAUCCUGACCAGAAAGGCAAGAUUCGGAGAAUCGACUGUCUACGGCAGGCUGACAAAGUUUGGCGUCUGGAUCUAGUCAUGGUGAUCCUGUUCAAAGGCAUCCCUUUGGAAAGUACAGAUGGAGAGCGACUCAUGAAAUCUCCACAUUGCACGAAUCCAGCACUUUGCGUCCAGCCACAUCAUAUAACAGUAUCAGUAAAGGAGCUUGAUUUGUUUCUAGCAUACUACAUGCAGGAACAAGAGUCUGGACAAUCAGGAAGUCCUAGCCACAGUGAUCCUUCUAAGAGCCCACCAGGGUAUCUUGAAGAGAGUUUUGUCAAAUCAGGAGUUUUCAGUGUGUCAGAGCUGGUGCGGGUAUCUCGAACGCCCAUAACACAAGGAUCUGGAGUGAAUUUUUCAGUUGCAGAACUUCAAAGCCAGCCAUACUAUCAUGACUUGAAUUCAGGAGUAAGCCUGCAAAGGCCAAUGUCCUCUCCACCUGCGGGGAAGAGGCCUAAGACCAUUUCCAUAGAUGAAAAUAUGGACACGAGUCCUUCAGGAGAUUUUUACUCUUCUCCCAGCUCACCAGCCAGUGUAAGUCGGACGUGGCAUGAAAGAGAACAAACAGAUCUGUCUUCUCCAACAAUGAAGAAACCUGAAAAGCCAUUAUUUAGUCCAUCUUCCCUGGACUCUGCUUCAAGGCUGGCCAAUUUCUCACAGCAGCACCAUCCAGGAAUUCCAGGAAUAGGACAUAGUGUCAUCUCAAGGAGUCCUCCUCCACCGCAGUUGCAAUUUUCUGCACCAACAAUUCUCCCUUCCCCCCCAACGUCUUACUUCACUCAUCCAACAAUCAGAUAUCCACCCCACCUGAACCCUCAGGACACACUGAAAAAUUACGUACCUUCUUAUGACCCGUCCAGUCCACAGAGUAGCCAGCCUAACAGUAGUGGUCAAGUAGGAAAAGUGCCUAGUCACUUCACUCCAGUGUUGACACAAUCAGCUCACCACACUACAGGACGACCGGUGACCCUAACCAUGACUGACACUAAACCAAUCACUUCUUCAUCAGAGGGUGAAGCAGCUUCUCCUACAACAGCUACUUACACAACUUCAACUACACCCCCAGCCAGCCGGUAUCCACCAUUAGGACAGAGGGAGCCUGCUUUCUUACAUCAGCAACAGCUGAGGAUUUGUGACUGGACCAUGAAUCAAAACGGCAGGCAUUUAUACCCCAGUGCCAGUGAGGAUACAUUGGGAAUUACUUGGCAAAGAACUGGUACUUGGGCUAGUUUGGUCCCAUUCCAGAUGUCCAACAGGACUCCAAUCAUACCAUCAAAUGUCCAGAAUUAUGGCUUGAAUGUCAUCAGUGAGCCCUUUCUUCAGGCAGAAACAAGUAACUGAAAAGAGGAAGACGAAAAAGAAUACUGAAAGCUUGACAAACGGAAGAAUAUAGACCAGCAAUUACAGCACUUACAAUCACUAAUUGCUCUACAGUCAGUUUUGUAAAGACGCAAGAAGGGUCAUUAAUGCUGCCUGUCUGUCUAUCUGUCUGUGUGUCUAAUCUCUCUCUCUCUCUCACUCUCUCUUUCCCCAUCUCCCUUUUUAUCUUUCUGCUGAUAUGCACCUUCCCUAAAUGGGUUGAUGAAGAACCCUUGCAAUCCAGCCUUUGUGAGAUGAUGGUUUACUUGGAACUGGAUGUUCUGCCCAUGUGACAACAUGCUCUGACUUUCUAGAUGCCUUAAUAUUUGCAUGAUAAGCUAGUUUGAUGGUCUAGAAUCUUUUGUGUUUACAUGUGGGAUAACAAUGUCCCUUUCCUCAGAGACAGAGCAAAGGCUAGAAGGUUGCUGCUGGAGCUGCUUUUUUGACAGAAGGUAGGCACCAGCUCGUUUACAAACACUGUUAGAACCGUCUGAUAUAACUUCAAAACUGAGGUUGCUCUGAGCCAUAGCAGUUCAGUUCCUUUUCUCUCAGCUUUGACCCUUAAUGCAUUAAGUUCAGUGUAUCACUCUAAACAUAUAUGGGAAGCUCAGUCUGUACACAGCAGGAGCCCUGCUGAUGCUGUGCCUUUGUGAAGGUAAGCAGGGACUUUCUCUCCAUUUCCGGACUGAUUCAGAAUGAAUUUCCCUACAAUUUAACACUUAGGAGGCAAGUGCAAUUUGAAAUGUGUAACUGAAGGGGAAUUAAGUUUAAGUCCUUCAGCCCUUGGACUCUAAAUUGAGGGGAUUUUAAGACGUUUAAAACAUCAUUGAACAAAUGCAUUCUUCCACCUUCAUUUUUGAGGGCAACAAAGGCAUUCAGUAUAGACAAAUCAUGUACUUAAUAAGAUGCUCUUCAAUUUGGAAAUACAGCACUUAUUUACAUUGAGCCACUCUGCCUCAUUUGAGGUAGAUUUUAUUUAUUUUAAUUACUGGUUUUGUCAGGAACACAGAACAUUUAUAGAAGAUUUAUAAAAUCUUUAUCAUAAAAAAGAAAGAGGCAAAUCCAUGUCGCAGGGGUUUACGGGGAUUACAAUGUUACAGUUUACAAUUAGGAAUGCAGGCCGAAAAAAAAAACAAAAAAAUGCACUCUUGAAAAAAAAAUGUUAGUUUAAUCAUGGGGUGCUGAUUAAUUGCAUGGUGCUUUCUGAAAUUAAGACUUGUAAUUCAUCAGAUUCCUUUUAGUGGCAGAACUGUAAAGUGCAUGGCAGACAUUUUUUGCCUCUCUCUCUCGUUUUAAAAAAAUAUAUAUAUAUAAAUAUCCAUAAUCUUUCCAGUAAUCUGAAAUUUGCACGAAAAUGUAAAUUCCACGUUACGUGCCUUGCCUUGAAACAUAAGAAGUGACAUCACUACGUGUUUUGCUGCAUUUAUCAUUUAAAAAAUAUCAUUUUUAUGAAAAAUAUUUAUACUCCAGAAGAAUAAUUGCAAGAUUAUGGGAUUUUUACACACUUAUACCUUUACUUACAUUUAUAAACAUAUCAUGGCUGUGUAUAAUUGCCGCUUAAAACAAAAUGUAAUCGACCAGCAAUAUUUCAGUAUUUUUUGACAUUUUUUCUAUUAACCUUUCAUGUUUGUUUGUUUUAUUUGUUUUUUUCAUCUUUCAAUUAAUAUUUUGUGGGGGUUUCAAAUUUAUAUGAAUUAUGCAAUACCAGGUUUUGCCUAUGUAGGUUGUGCUUUUAGCUGUACUGAUUAUUCAUAGAUUAGUAUGCAGUUAAAAUGUAUGCUUUUUACAUCUGUUUGUUUUAAUUGACCAAAGUUGGUACUGCUUUCUAUGCAGUGUGAUAAGGUCCUUUUUGUGUGUUAAGAGAUGGACAGGGGAUGUGGUGUUUUGUUUUUAUAUGGGGCUGUUGGGGGGAGGGGUUUUUAGAACUUUACAGUGUUGCUGUGAAGCAGUGCACUCUUGGCCAGAUUCAAGCUGCAAAGUGACUGUUCUGCCUGCUGUGACAGACUCUAAAUAGGUUCCUUCUUUUCACUUUUCACCUGGGGUGCAAGCUGAACUCAUUUCUGGAAAAUAACAAAAUUUACUUUGCUGGAGGCAGACUGGACUUGAGGAAAUGACCCUUUAAAUGCAGGGUUGGGAUUUAUUAGGGGUGAAAUAGUUUUAUUACUGCAAGGAGAAGCCCAUGAUAGGAAACCAUGUUUAGGUCAGCUGUUACAUGAAUUGCAGUAUUUACCCCAGUUUUGUUUUGCCAGCUGUUCACAUAGAAUUGUAGGGCCGCUGUGCAGUUUGACUUGGUAUGCUGCACAAAACAGAAGUAUGGAGUUCAUUCUGCGGGUUUUGGGUGUUACAGUUUUCUGGAUCAGUAACUAAAGCUGUCACUCUGAGGUUUACCUGCAUUGAACAGAACACUUGGGUAGUUCUUUGUAAUUUCUCUUCAUAUGGCUUUUAAAACCUGGAGCUCCUGUACUGUACUGGAAAGUUUAUGAUUAGUGUUCCACUAACUAAAGACUGCAUACACCUUCAUGGUUCCUAGCUGUAUUUAACCAUUUGCGUAAUUUGCAUUUCCUCUUAGUGUAUGUCUUUGGAAAGUUCCCAGUUUUAAUGUCUGAGAAGUUUAAACGCUUCCAAGUGUAAAUUCAGUUUCAGGAAUUUAAGUUGGGAUCACUACUGCAGCAUAUUUUUGCCUGAUGCCACAUCCCACUGCUGAUGGCUGCUUCAUUUCCCACUGCCUCAUCCUGCAGCUUUCUUGCAUCAGACAAAUGUUUGAGGUGUGCAUUAGCACCUGUCACUUAACAGUAAUGGAAAAAGUCUUAUUGAAGAAUUAACUAGAGGACUUCUUUAAGGCCCCCAGACCGCAGCAUGAAAGGCAGAAGGUGAGGGAGUGUAAGACCAUAUCUGAGCUUAGCUCCAUUUCAGAGUCUACCUUGUUCACAAUGAGCUGUGAUCUAUGAGGUCACCAUCCAAAGGAGAGUCAAAGAGAGUGAGAGAGAGAGAGAGAGAGAGAGAGAGAGAGGGUUUUUUGGUUCUUUCCUGUAAACAGAUGUGAGGUCAUUUAUAAAGGUGCUUUUCUGCACCUGCUGCUGGGAGUGAGACCUGUGGUGUAGCUGCUGCCUCUCUUUGCUCCCUCAGGUAAGUUGACACCCCCAAGUAGGAGAGGAAUGGGUUGCAAUUUCCACACACCUGUUUCAAAGUGAAGUAGCUGGACCUGGAGUUCAGCUCUUUUUGUCUCCUCCUGAGAGGUUGCUCUCUCUUGAGCAAAAGAUGAGACUUGCCCUGUAAUCUGUCACAAUAUUGAUGCACUUUUGGGCCCUCAUUUAGGUCUCUGACUAUCCUGGAAUCAGCGGAUCAUUCAGUUCAUGAUGGUAAAUUAGUGACUAGAUGCAUGAGAGUAUACUGCAGCAGUUACAUAUGCUGUUGCCAUUAAGCCAUGUGCUGAGCCUUGACCUGCACAUUCCCUCAACUCAUCCAAUUCACAUUGAAUUUCGUUUAGUAUUUGUUAAAUGCAUAGCCUAUGUUACAGCUACACUUCAUGUGUGGCACACAAACAGGAACUGUCCUCUAGGCAUUAGUCACAAGAAUUUUUUUUCCUGCUGUUUGCGAAUUGUCUGCUAAUGCCAAGUCUAAAGGGACUUUUAUUUCUACACUGGAAACUGACAGGAUAGUGAAUCUUCCUUCCUGUCUAGGUCUCUUCCAGAGGACCCUUCUUUGAAGGAAUGCCUUUUUUAUGCCCUUAAAAUUCACGGUAAAAUUACCAUCUUUUUGCUCUUCCUUCUCAUAAAUGCUUGGUCUUGGAAGAAAGAGGAGGAGAAUUUUAUCUUUUCCUUGGAGCAUCAUGUCAAAAGUCUCAGGUCUGCUGCACAACACCCAUAUUUAAGCCAAGCCAUUUGUGACAGUUAGUCCCCACAGUAAAAAUAGGCAUUUUGUCUUUUCAUGAGAGUCACAGCAAAAUAAAUUCCUGUGUUUCCUUGUCUCCUCAGUGUAGGUCGCAGAAACUCAGCACAUGACCGCUUUUUCCCGUAGAUAGAGUUGUUGACACAUUCAACAUUUUCUUCUUUUUUUAUGUUCAGUUUCACUGCUCUUUAAUACUUACCCUAUCUAACAUGCAAAUUUGUUUUGUUGAGUAAGCCAUGGAAAAACUGCCAGUCUAUGUGUGUAGGAGUAGGAGGCAGCAGGGAAUCCCUCUAACUCACUUGCACUUUCAGCACACUGAGGCACUACCAUGCAAGGCAGCAGGGGCUCAGCACAGUGUCCUGGCAGACUACUGGACUCCUUGAAUCACAAUUCAGUCCAUCUUGUAGAGCCUCGUCAUCUGGAAGGUUUUUACAACAUCUUCCUCAAGUGUGACUCUCCAAAGAAUAGACUGCUAGACACCUGGAGCAAUAUAUUUCUGUGUUUCUCUCUCUCUCUCUCUCCAGCAGGGUGACAAAGAAAUACAGGAAGAGUUGAAAGUAGACAUGAUCUUGGUGAAGUGGAGGGGGUCCUCCACAUAUUCACCAAUCCCACAUCUGUUGUUGAUGUGCUAUGUAGCAAGGUUAAGGCUCAUUCUUAUUAGCCAGUAUUACUCCAUAAUAGCCUGAUUCUAUGUUCUUAGACUCUGGACUUCCCAGUAUUUAUUGUGAUUUAGACAUUUGGGGCUUUGCCAGUCUGUUAAGGUGACUGCCUCCACUUGAAAAUGUUACUGCUUCAUUAGCUUGUCUUCAGUGACCAGAUCUCCCUGGGAAUAAUUGGAAAUCUUAAGGACUGUCAGCUGCCUUCUUGGGCUUCCAACAAGGCACAAUGAAGAGGGUUAUCUGUCUGGACAGACACCGAACCUUUUUUCCUUGGCCAUUAAAUCUUCUUGAUUGUCUUACAUGUCUUGGGAAGUUCUUUUAGUCUUUACCUCAAUUACUGUACCAUCAAACUGUGUGACUGAAGUCCAACCCGGGCUGGUGAAAUACUUUCAUUUCCACUGUCUUGAAGAAUCAUGAUUGACAUGCUAUCUUAUCCCACCUACACAGCUGUUGGUUCACUAUACCAGAGGUUUGUGAUCUGAAAGAUGCAUUUCAUUCAGUCAUCGACUUAACUUUAGCAGAUUUCAAAGCUUAACAUUGAUUUUUGUAAAGAGCCUUUUGUUGUAUUUCAUAAAGACUGGCUGUCUUUCUUCUUUUAAGUCCUCAUGCUCUGCCAGUGACUGCUUCUGAGCAGUUGCACCUUCAAUUUGUUUACAUGGUAGCUUAUUUCUCAGUUUAUUUCCUGUUGCACAAAAUAUGAAUGAACUGUCCUUCUUAACUUGCUGUUCUGUAGGAGAUAUGUGCUGUUGUUUUGUAGUUCAUGAACACAGGGUGAAACACCACCUGUUUAUUGACUUUGCUGUCAAUAGGGAGGGUGCUAUAAUUGACAGGUAGAUGUUAUACACAUCUAUUGUCAGUUGCUUCAUAUUAAUGGGGAGCUGACCAAGGCAGGGACAAGACAUUGCAUUAAGGAGUGUGGCUGUCUGUCAUGUACAGUUUAAGAAUGUGUCCAUGGUGGACAAUUUUUCAAGAAACCCUGGCUGCCACUACAUACACUUUUUUUCCAAGCUCUGUAGCCUAGGUCUUCACCCAUCGGGAUAUCUGUCUCUCUGUCACUUCAUCCUACUCCAAAGUCCUCUACCUUCUUUUUUUCAGCUUCUCCCUUAUGAUGUUUUUAGGAGAUUUCUUGGGAGUCUGUCUAAGCUAGGGAUUCUAUUGAGUGCAGUGGGCAGUUGCAUAAGGAUGUAACAAAUAUCUGAGUACUCAACAUUUGUUUUUUGAGAGCACCUUCUACUUUAUUCUACCCCAAUGACCAGUUUACUUAGGACAACCCAGCUACUACAUCAUGGCAACAGGAACUCCUGUAAGUAAUAACUUCAAGUUAAUAAUUUUAAAACCAUGUCUGUUAGUAUAUUUCUUUCUAAUUGCAACUCCACAUCUGAGUAGCAGGCAAGAAAUGGAAAAGGUUGCCAUGGGUGAUCCAAACAAGGCACAAAUUUCCCAAACGUAACAGCUGAAGAAUUUUGGAAGUGCCAUGGGAGAACACAUAGCAGGAAUGUUCCAAUAUUCUCGCCCUAAAGCAGAGCUGUUAUAAUGUGUACUGACAUAUAUCUUAUUUACCCAUUAUUUUGCAUUUUGUAGUUAAGCCCUUCAUGAAACUUUUUUUUUGUUCUGAGAGUCCUGGGUUGACACAGGGGUGUAUGCAUGAGCUCACUAUUUUGUGAGUCCUAGGAACUGCUGUGUUCCAUUCAGAAGUGGCCUUUCUUAGUUUUAAGUUUGAAAUGCUGUAGGACACAUUUGCAGAAUUUGAUAAAUCGGAUCAUAGUAAACACGAAGAAGCAAUAAAGGCAAAUUGUGCAGUGCUAGCUAGUGGUGUAUAAGAAAAAAAAUGUUUGGAAUCUUGAAGACAUUGUACUGCCCAUUCUGAUUUCAGGAGUCAAGCUUCAAAUGGCAGUUUCCAUCAUGUGCACCCAGUGAAGGACUUUUAUGCUGUUUUUCACUGAUAUUGUCAUAUUGUUCCCAGGUAUAACUUAAGGGGAGGUUCAGUGGUCAUGAGUUUAGAAAUUUUGUAAAACAUUUCAAUAUUUCAUAUUGUGCUGUUCAUAGUCUCUGCAGUACUACAGCAGCAGCUGGGCACAGCUCAUAACAUAACUUUUGUAAUUAGGAAAACAUCUCAAGUAUUGUAUCACAGUACCUCACUGCAAGCAGUACAGUACCAUAUCUGUCUAAUGAAGGACAGUGUCAGUCAUUAAGGCAGGUGGAAUUUCGGCUUUUUUUUUUCUUUUUUAAAUGAGUUCUUAGUUUGGCAUUUGUGUUAAAAGACACUAGGCAGCCAGUAGGCCUCAGGGAAAGCUGACACUGGAGUUAGCCAUGUAAAAAAGACAGACUUCAUCUGACUAUGCAAAGAAAGAGAUACCUGGUCAGACUAGGAUUUCUAGAACAGGGAUAACAUGAGGGAACAGCUUGCAAUUAUAUGCUGAGAAAUGCCUGUACUAUAUGGCAUUGUUAAUAAGGGGAGUAUUACUGAAUGACAGAGAAAUGCUAAGAUAUUUGAAGAUUUACUUUUGUUCUUGAUAUCUCAAAUAAAGUUAAUAACUCUCACUUAAACAGUUAUGCAGAGCAAUCCAGAACAUUGCAUCAUCACUAAAAAAAAAAAAAACCUAUUUUGAUUAGAUAGAUUGUUUUUUUCCAGGAUCACUGCUGCCUUUGUUGAGGUUCAGAACACUGAAAUCUUGAACUAUGUUGACAAAUGGGGUUGAUAAAUAAAGCCACUUAUCACACAAGUUUUCACUCAAAAUAUGGGCUCAGUUUAUGUACUACAUAUGCUGCCAAGAAUUCUACAGAAACAUUUAUCCAUGUCCAGGGCCUUAAUGCAAUGUGUCUUUGCUUAUGCCUUGCACUUGCUUUGUACACUACCUAUUGCGAGUUUUAAGUGCUCUGCCCUUUGUAAAAGAAGAUAGAGGAAUAGUAAUGAUAACAUGGGCAGUUAUGAUAAUGUAUACCUGAUUAUUGUAGUGCAUUAAUUACAUCGUGACUCUUAGACCUUCUUAUCAGAGGUUUUUAACAGCUGUUAAGUCCACUGGCAUAUUUCACAGAAUUGUCUAAGAUACAGCUAGGGUCAUGUUUACACUGCCAUUGUAGAUACUCUCAACUGACACCAUUCAACAUCACUGUGGUGAGAUACUGAGAUAAACUUCAAGUAAAUGUUUUGUUUCUGCCAAACAUUAAAAGGGGUGGGCUGGUUUCUAGAAAUGUUUGAAAAGGGAUAUGUAGCCUGUCCUUAGCAACAACUUUAAUCAGUAUUAGCAAGGAGAACUUAUUUAGGAAACUCAAAUCCAGUCAAAGCCUCCUCCUUCACCAGAUGUGUAUUCUGACUAAAAGUCACCCCGUUCUAUGUGCACUGUUCCACUUUUUUACCGAGUACUUUGCAGCCUUGGCCAGCUGGCAGUGUCACUGAAGUGCAUUUUUUCCCCUGUAGUGACAUGAAAGUCUGAGGCGUGAAUAAGGAGGGAAAAAAGCAGUGAAGGAGACUGUACAUAAAGACAUGGCAAGAUAAUAAUUAUAGCAAUAGUAUUGUGAGAUAUUGUUCAGGUAGGCAGCUCCAGUAAUAUAUGUGAAUGAGCUGAAGAAGCUGCAACAAGUGAGAAGAACGUACGCCUUCUUACUGAAUUGCCUGCCAUGUGGACAGUAAGUUAUACACUGUGUAGUUUGUUUAAGAAAUACUUUUUUAAUUAAAGUUCCCUUUUUGUAAAGAUAAAAUGUUUUCUAGCAGUUAAGGAAAUCUGCAUUAUUUCCAGAUGUUUUGUUAUUCUUCCUUGUUUAGGAACUGGACUUGGGUUAAAACUCUCCAGUUUCUUAAUUUAUGUAUUAAAAAAGUCUGUCCGUAUCAAAUUUUUGCAUACUCCUGUACUUUAAAAGUAUAGGUAACAAAACCUUUAAAAAUUGUAAAUGGAGAAAAGUUAUAUUUUAUGAAGGUUAUUUUGUUGUAUUUAGUAAUGAAAGGGUUGGGUUUUCAGAACAUUUCAGAAUGUUGAAAAGUAACACUGUCUUUUAUUAGUAGUGUAGUCAACCUUUAGCAAGGCUAUGUUUGUGUGGUUGUUUCAUGUUGGUAUUUAAAAGUUCACAGUGCAUUUAGGAAGAUCAGCAAAUGGAAACAGUACUUGUGUCUUAAUAUUGUCCUCAAGGAACAGAACAAUAGCAUUUUUUUUAGUUGUAGCUUCAGAUAGACAGUAGCAGAUGUGAGGAGGACGUACCAGUGACACCAGGCCUGCUUCUUUACCAGUAUGCUGAAAGUGUUUGUAUUGUUUGGCAUUAUGAAGGCUGCAGAAAAGUUAUUGCAGAUACAGUGCAUAGUAUUCUAUUUUUUUUUUUGUUACAUUCGAACAAUCUCAUUUUGCUGGCAGUUAGGCCCUGAACACAAUAUCAUUCAUGGUUUACAUGUUCUUGUCAAGGUCUUUUUGUUAACACAGCCCAGCUGCAAUACAACAUGCUUCCUAAUACUUUAUCUUUUGUUUCUUUGUAGAACUUUUAAAUGAGCAGGCUAAACCUUACUUUUGGGGGGAAUUAACUGUUUUACUCCAUGCAUACAUACAUACAGAAGGAGACAGUACUGGACUCCUUCAUAUUUGCACUUUCUCCUUCCUCCCCAUUCUUCCUGAUACUGAAUUUUGUAAGCAUGGUGGAGUACUACAGUUGAUUUAUUUGAUUUAAAAAAUGGGCAUUGUUAAGGACAACUUAAAUUGUUUGUUGAUCCUGCACAACGACCAUUGCAUUACCCGAACCUGUCACCAUGACAACUCCUUCUACUGUUUUCAUGCCACAGCUCUGUUGGUCACAUUGUAAGUAAAGGGGACGAGUUGGAAAUGGUCAAUUUUUAAUUUUUUGUUUGUGUUGCAGUUUUUUCAGUGGUUGUAAGUAGUUUUUUUAAUGAAACAAAAGGUUCUCUAGUUGUUUUGUUUUUCUCUGUAGAAAUAUCUGUGUGUUACCAUUCAAUUGUACAUUAGUAAUUUCUAAAAAUAAUGACUUCAGUGUCACUAGCUUGAUGAAAGAGAACCGUUACAGUAGUGUUUAUGUAGCAGGCUUUACCAUGGAAAAGAAAACACUGUCCAGUACGCAGUAUAAAUCCGUGAAAAAGCUGGGUAGCUCUAGUGACACUGAAGCCACCGUUUAAGAACUGUGCUACAGGGACUAAUGUGGCAAAUGUACCUUUUUAUGCAGAAGGAUCCAUUUUUCCUUGAUGCUAUUCUGAUUAAUUAUGCAUUCUUCACUGAGGGCAUUGAAGUUGCAUGGAGUUGAUGCAAAAUGAGAGUGAAACAAAAUUAAAUAAAAGACAACCAGCAAAAAUGUUUACCAAAAAGAGAUAAAUUAGCAGUGCCUGUUCAGUCUCACAGUCUCUGUUGAGUUCAGUUGUAAAUAUGUUUCAGAUAACAUUUUCUUCUUAAAAAAAAAAAACACUACAACAUGCAGAAUGUGAGGGGUGACUGUAUCCCAAGUGCAGGCUCUUUCUCAGAAGCUGUGUUUGAAUUUUAUCUGUUCAUCUUGAGCUGUUAAAUUGUGCUUCAUUCGUAUAGAACUUUUUAGCAAUCUGGGAAAGGGUACCCCAUCUACUCAAUAUUUCUUCGAGAACAACUUUCGUAGGCUGUGUUUCUUUAGAUACUUUUAGUCCAACUGUAGGUGACAAGUAGUCAGUUAUUGCUUGCUAGCUACACACCAGAGUUAAUCCACUUUAAAACAUAUGGCAUUUUUAUCUCCCUGCCCAUCUACAGUAUAAGAAAUGUGUGUACAGAAAUUGUAUUAAUCAUGUUUAAAUGCAGGAGUCAAUGCAAUGUAACCAUCCAGUUAUGCUCUCAUGUCAGUGCUUCUGUUACUAUGUUUGGAUUGGGCCACAGUGACAGUGUUAGAGUACAUCUCCACAUAGUUAUGUUAUUAGAUAUUAGGCAUCUUUGUUCAGUUGUUUUAUGGGCCAGAGUGCCAUAAGUUUUAAACUGGUGUAAAUUAAGCUUGAAUUAAUGUGAUUGUUACUGUUAUAUCCAGCCUAUAUUGCUAGCAGCCGCUCAUACUGCAGUCAAUUACUGGAAGCGGAUGUAUUUCCUAUGCAAAAACUGUUUAAAACAAUAAAAUGAGCUAUGCUACAGAAUUUCA